CUUGUUGACAGAGAUGACGCCUCUUGGAAAGAUGAAGUCCAACAAAAGUUCUUAGAAUGCAAAGAAGGCACAUGCGCUGUUCUUGAAGAUGAAAUAGAAAACAGAAUAGAAGAGCUAUUAAAGGACAAAGAACUUUUACAUAAAUAUGGUUCUGAGAAAUUUGACAUAACUCCACCAGAAAAGAAGAAGAAGAGAGAAAAGAAAGAAAAGAAAGUAGAAGAAGAGAAGAAAGAACCAGAGCCAGAGAAGAAGAAAUUUGACAUGUAA